AUGCCGAAACUACACGCGCCAGUAGUCACAAAAAGGGCUAUCGAGUUCGCGAGGCACAUUUCGAACAACUAUCCAGGGCUGAAUGUGAUCUUGGAGAGCCAUAUAGCUAAGGACAUCCACGAAACGUUACCCUUCCCAGUCUACACAACUGCUCCGAGCGACGUGUCGAUGCUUUUUGCUCGCAAAGUCGACCUUGUCAUCACCAUGGGCGGCGACGGCACCAUUCUGCGAGCUGCUAGCCUGUUUUCCAUGCACAACAGCGUGCCGCCAAUCUUGGCCUUUAGCAUGGGCACAUUAGGUUUUCUUGGAGAAUGGAAGUUUGAGGAAUAUAAACGUGCCUGGAGGGAAUGCUACAUGAGCGGGUGCUCUGUCGGUGUUGAGGACCUCCUGGACCCCCACACCCGUACGGCCGCAGAGUCCGACACCGAGCCGAAGCCGGACUUUGCUCCACUCUCGGCCUGGGACAGCGUCCGGGGCAACGGCCAAUGCAUGGGUCCGAGUCGGACUUCCAAAAUCCUUCUGCGGCAUCGUUUGCGUGUAGGCAUCUACGACGCUCAGGGCCGCAACAUCAAUGAGCAAUUGAUCCCAACCUCAACUGCCGAACCCGACCUUGGUGCGCCGACUGACCCCAUAAAUGUCAACCCGCCAUCGUCCCUGCGCCCGGCCAGCAGUAGCCUCAGCCCGCCGUAUCUGCACGCCAUCAACGAGGUUUCCAUUGACCGCGGCUCACAUCCUCACCUGGCCAUUAUUGAUAUAUUUAUAAACGGCCACUUUCUUACCGAAGCUGUUGCCGACGGCAUACUUGUCAGCACUCCCACCGGGUCCACGGCCUACUCUCUCAGUGCGGGUGGUUCCAUUGUGCACCCACUCGUCAAGUCGCUGCUCAUAACGCCCAUCAGCCCGCGCAGUUUGAGUUUCCGUCCGCUGGUGCUGCCCCUGCACACCAAAGUCACCCUGCGCCUCAGCAAACGCAACCGCGGGCGCGAGCUUCCUGUAAGCAUUGACGGCAAACGGCGUGUCGGUGUGAGCAUAGGCAUGGAAGUCCGAGUGGAGGGAGAGCAGCUGGAGAAGUUACCCGAUGGAUGGAGGGGUGGCGUGCCGUGUGUGAUUCGGACGCCGAGGGCUGGAGAUCCUAAAGGCUUGAACGACGAUGAUGAUUCGUGGGUUGGCGGAUUGAAUGGAUUGUUGAAGUUCAAUUAUCCGUUUGGUGAGAAUGUCGAAGAGGCUUGA